AUGCAGGAAUUUGCAUACACAUUUGAUGGGAAUAAAUGGGGGCAUAAUGGUCCCUAUUUGGUUUCCAGGGUGGUUGAGAGAGUAAGAAGGAGACCUGGUUACAACUUCACAGUCUUGCCAUCAAUGGCCUUCUAUCCGGUGGAUUGGCUUAGGAUCAGCGGGCUUUUCCAGGCACCAAAAAACCAGGCCAAUUCCAAAUGGGUAAAAGCCAAGCUGCUUCAGUUAAGUGGGGAGACUUACGGGGUUCACCUAUGGAACAGGCAAACAAACAGAUUAGCAAUCGAAGAGGGAAGCGUCAUGGAAAGUUUAAUCUCGGAUCACUGUGUUAUUUGCCAACAGAUACAUACUUCUUGA